AUGGACCCCAUCUCUACUCUUCUGUUCUAUUUGACAUAUGAGAGGAGCCGAGUAGAGGACUUAGAGGAGACACUACAGCUGUGGAUGAACGAUUCGGAGAACAAACACAAGAUGUUAGUCACGCAGGCAGAGCACAUUCACGAUUUGGAGCAGCAGCUUACGAAAGCUCAACAAAUCGUGGGGAUGCACUCCUCUAACUGCCAGGAACUGUUUAAUGAGCUUGAGGGUAGCAAGGUGAUGAUUGAACAACUGGAGGCCCAACUAAAUCAGGUAGAACACCAUGCUGAUCAUCACUACCAGCAGCAUCAGAUGGAACAAGAACGCUGA